CUCUCUCUUUCCAAUACAGAACUCAAGUACCUGCCAGAGUUCAACUUGAGGUCACCAACAAAACAGUACCAUGUCAUGGACUCAUCACAUAGAUCAAAUGGUAUGCAACAAUCAAUGGGAAUGGGAUCAGGACAUGGCGGACAAAAUUCUUCAGGCAUGAAAUAUCAGGAUCAACCUGGCGGGGACACAUUUUCGGAUUUUGUGUCCCUUGUGUGCCAGGAAGCUCAGAACUCACAAAAUCAGUCCAAUCCAUCCACGCCAACAGUGAAAAGUCCGACAAAACUGCCACAGUUCUUCUCACCGGGUAUGCUGCCUCCACCGCCACCGCCACCCCCCAAUCUUGCCAGACCCGUCGCGAUCCUCAAAACGUCCGACGGACAGACUGUGGUCGGCAGCAGUGCAGCUUCCGUCACCAGCUCCGCCAACAGUAAGAACCAAAACGACAACAACAGCAGCAACAACAGCUGCUGUGGUUGA